AUGAGUGAGCAGGAGGUCACAUUUUCAGCUGUGAAAUUUCAUAAGAAUUUGAGAUCACAGAACCAAGUGAGGCCUGAGGAGACUCAAGGGCCCAGAGAAACUGGCCACCAAGUGUGUUCAGUUCCCUGGAAGCUCAUUGUGAUAGCUCUUGGAAUCCUCUGUUCCGUUCGGAUGGUAAUAUUUGCAGUGUUGGUGACAAACAUUUUUCAGUGUAGUGAAGAAAAACAUGAACUGCAGGAAACUCUAAAAAACUUCUUCCAUAACUACAGCACCAUGCAAAAUGAAAGCUAUUUAAAGGAAGAAAUGCUGAGAAAUAAGUCCAUAGAAUGUCAUUCCUACAAUAACCUUCUGGACAACCUCAAAAUACAACAGAACAGAUGCCACAGGCAAACCAAGAUUGAUUUAGAUUGCUUACAGCACAGAGGCAAACGUGUGGAAGGACAGUUGUUCUGCUGUGGCAUAAAAUGUUAUUAUUUCAUCAUGGACAAUAAAAAGUGGAGUGAAUGUAAACAGAUCUGCCAGGGUUGCAGCUUUUCUCUUCUGAAGAUAGAUGAUGAAGAUGAACUGAAUUUGCUUCGGCUCCAUAUUACUUCAGUAAAUUACUGGAUUGGGUUGUCAUAUGAGAAAGGGAAAGUGGAACGGGCAUGGACUGACAAUGGCCCAUCUAAACUUGCCUUGAACAUAAUGAAACACAAUGCAAAGGAUGGAGGAUGUAUGUUCUUAUCUAAAUCAAGACUAGAUAAUAAUAAAUGUGAGUGGUACUACCCCUGUAUUUGUGAGAAGAGACUGGAUAAGUUUCCUUAUUGA